GCCCAUGCAGGCGAACGGGGUGGUGAAGGCUGUGUGCUCUCCCAAGCGGUCGCCAAGUGUCGGGAGCGUGUCGUCGAGCGACUUGGCGAAUGGCGACGACCAGGCCAACGGCGGCGAGACGGCUGUGCCAGCACGCGUAUCCCCGGCUGUGCACGCCUCGCUGUCCGCGAUGCCAGGACACAUGCCUCCAGCGCCGGGUUCGCCACUGGCGAAGGCAGGGCCGUCCGCCGAUGGAGAAGGCAAGUCGCUGCUGGGUGGGACGGCCCUCGAGCUCGCUGCGCUGCGCCAGCAGGUGGCGAUGCUGGAGAGCCGGCUGCGGGAGGCGGACCGGACUCGCCAGAUGUGGGAGGCAUGUAUGACGACGCUGGUGGGCUCCAUCCUGCUCGGGCCAGAGAUGAAUGAAAUGUACAAGCAGGAGUGCUCGAGCCUGCUCUCGCAAGCGCUGGUCGGCUUGGAGCAGAUCGACCGCGUGCGAUACGUCGAGUGCUCCUUCCCGUCGGUCUCGUCCGAGGCCCCGCGCCUCUCUCUCGAAAGCUGGGAGUCGAUCGCUCGCUCAGAGUGGCAGCUGCGCUGGUCGCCGAGCUGGAGUAUGCAGGUGGCGGUCGAGGGCUCGUACUACGUCUCCUUUCGGCUGCUGCUCAAGAUCGACUCGGUCCGCAUGUCGGGCGCCCUCGUCGUCAACGCCGCAAACGACUUGCGACAGAUCGGUCUCUCCUUCGCCGAGCUGCCUGCGCUCAAGAUGAGAGUCGAGUGCACCGUCUCGUGGGGCACGCUGCCGCUGCCGCUGCAGGACUACAUUGGCGAGACCGUCGUCAACGAGUUUCGCGCCUGGCUGACACGAGCGAUGGUCCAGCCCAACGAGCUCGUCAUCAAGCCCGCCGCCUUCCAGCCAAAGCAGACCCUCACCGACGCAGACGUCGAGCGCGCGAUGCGCGCCGCGUCGAUGGCGAGGGAGCUCUCUGAGGUGCAAAACGAGACGUUGCUGUGAUGCUGGACGCCCAGCCGCGGGCUACCGUGUGUGUCGCGCCGUCGCCGCUCGAACGAUUGCCGGGCGCGCUGACGAGACACCGAUGUGUGGCCGUGCCGCUUGACAACAUGUACAUGUACAACAUGUGCGCGCGGUCGGUCGGUUGUGCCGGCGGCCCCGCUUAUGCGGCCGUUCGGUGGUUGUGGCAGCGGCUUUCUGCAGCGUGCUUGGGGGGCAUUGCGUCUCGUGUGGCGCCGCCAGGGUGGCGCCGCUGUGCCGCGGGAUUCUUACCCGCGGCGCGUCGCGCCGACGUCUUUUCGUGAAGUAUGUGAUGUUAAACGCUAAUGACGGCGU